AUGAACACCUCCCAUUUCCCCGCUUCCCUCUUCCCAGAGUUCCUACAGGGUAAGAAUGGGACCAAUCCUUUGGGUUUCCUCUACAACUUCUCUGAUGGCUGCCAGGAUUCGGUGGACCUGUUGGUUUUCAUCAUCACCACCUACAGCAUUGAGACCAUCUUGGGGGUCCUGGGAAACCUCUGCUUGAUAUAUGUGACCACAAGGCAGAAGGAAAAGUCCAACGUGACCAACCUGCUCAUUGCCAACCUGGCCUUCUCUGACUUCCUCAUGUGCCUGAUAUGCCAGCCACUCACAGCCACCUACACCAUCAUGGACUACUGGAUCUUCGGUGAGGUCCUUUGCAAGAUGCUAACUUUCACCCAGUGUAUGUCGGUGACAGUCUCCAUCCUUUCAUUGGUCCUUGUGGCCUUGGAGAGGCACCAGCUCAUCAUCCAUCCAACGGGCUGGAAGCCCAGCAUUUUCCAGGCUUACCUGGGGAUUACGAUCAUCUGGUUCAUUUCUUGCUUCCUGUCCUUGCCCUUCCUGGCCAACAGCAUCUUGAGUGACCUCUUCCACCGCAAUCACUCUAAGGCGGUGGAGUUUUUGGAGGACAAAGUGGUCUGCAUUGUAUUCUGGUCCUCAGACCAUCACCGCCUCAUCUACACCACCUUCCUGCUGCUCUUCCAGUACUCUGCCCCUCUGGUCUUCAUUCUGGUCUGCUACGUACGCAUCUACCAGCGCCUGCGGAGGCAGAGGCAGGUGUUCCGCAGGGACGCUUGCGGCUCACGAGUGGGGCAGAUGAAGCGGAUCAAUGGCAUGCUCAUGGCAAUGGUGGCUGCCUUUGCGGUGCUCUGGCUGCCUUUGCAUGUGUUUAACACCCUGGAGGACUGGUACCAGGAGGCCAUACCCGCUUGCCAUGGCAACCUCAUCUUCUUGAUAUGCCAUAUGCUUGCCAUGGCUUCCACCUGUGUUAACCCUUUCAUCUACGGCUUUCUCAACACCAACUUCAAGAAGGAUGUCAAGGCCCUGGUGCUGACCUGCCAUUGCAGGUCACCCAGAGGGGAGUCUGAGCAUCUGCCCCUGUCCACUGUGCACACGGACCUCUCCAAAGGAUCUCUGAGGCUGGGAAGCAAGUCUAACUUCAUAUAG